AUGAUUGUCAUUCUCUUUUCCUCCUACUUGCAAGAAGCAAGAAGAAAGGAAAAAAGGACAGGCCUCAGCCAGGUGCAGGAGAGAGAUAGAGGGGGGGGAGGGGAGAAGAGAGAANAGCCUGUCGUCAAUAGCAGUAGCAAGAAAGUUGGCAUGAAAAAAUAUUUUCUUUUCUACAUUGGAGAAGGUCCGGCUGGUAUCAAAACCAAUUGGAUAAUGCAAGAAUAUCGUCUCUCCGAUUGUGAUUCUAGCAGCAGUAGAUCAUCCAAACGUAGAGCACAUUCCAAAAUAGAUCAUAGCAAAUGGGUUGUCUGUCGGGUUUAUGAAAGAAGUAGUGACGACGACGACGACGGAACAGAACUCUCGUGCCUGGAUGAAGUCUUCCUAUCCUUGGAUGACCUGGAUGAAAUAAGCUUGCCAAAUUAGAUAUGGAGGAAAAUUGAGAUCUUUAGUGAUGAAGCUUUAUCCAAAUGUAGAAUGACGUCAAUGUUACUAGGGAAAUGGAAUUAUUGUAGCAAGCAAGUGUUCUAUAGUACUUGAUAUGGCAUUAUAUGUUUCUGGAUUUUACUUUUACUCCCUGCUUACAUUUCCAAAGAGUGACCUUCUCUGGGAUAGUGGACCAAACGUUCCGCAAGGAGAGCCACAAAUUAUGUUGGAAAAGAUUAGAUGAAUCGAAAUACAAUUUGCUGGAAAAACCUCUAUUUUUA